AUGCCGUCAACGGGUUAUCUAAUAGUUGCAAACAAUGAGUCUCGAGGUCAUCCAACACCAUAUCAGCUAGUAUGGGAGAUAGGGGGAGCCCAUAGGAGUUCCAAAAACUUGGUCAUAAAAUUGUUUAAUUUAGUGUUUUUGGAAAUCCAAUUCCAUCUAUGUUCAAUCGCUCUGAGAACUAACUCUUUCGGAAUAUUUGUGAAAAGAGAUGUUGCAUCUAAGGAUACAAAGGCAGGUACUGCCACUAGUGCAGAAGCGCAGGUCAGACUGCAAAAACUAGAAGAGUAUUUCAAAAGUUUCGAAGAAGUGCAGGGCAUAAUUGAAGACAAAGUAGACCUUCCUGAGGAAGAGGAAGAGUUAAGCGAGCUAAACAAUCCCGAAAGAGAAAUAUUCGAACACCUCUAUUACAAGGCAGCUGCGAUAGCUCAAGAAAUAAUUGGGCGACAAGAACGCGAGGCUCGAACACAAAUAACCGCAAAAGCUUCAAGGCAAAAUCGAGAAGGAACACCCGAAGUCACACACCGCCGACCAAAACUGCCGGAGAUAAAGCUCCCAGAGUUCAACGGAGACUACACCCAGUGGUCAUUCUUUAAGGAUAGCUUCGAGACGACUAUUCACCAGGACGAUAGUCUGACAGCUGUACAAAAACACCAAUACCUUAUCGGAUUGCUUCAAGGAGAAGCCCGCAGUAUCAUCCUAGGAUUCAAGAUUUCCAGCGAGAACUACGAAAGCGCCUGGAAAUUGUUAAAAGAUACGUAUGAUAACAAUACGGUAAUUAUUCAAAAUCAUUUAGAGGAGUUAUUGAACUUUCCAGAGAUAACGAAGGACAAUAAAUCGGAUUCAAUGCGACGGUUUAUUUGGCACAUUCAAACACAUGUGUCUGCACUAAGGACGCUAUCAUUACCAGUCAAUGCAUGGGACGCCAUUUUGAUGCAUCUUGCAAAGAAGAGGCUAGAUUAUGGUGAACAAAGAGAUUGGCAAAAUCUCAUAAAGAAGAGAACGCAGGAAAACAUGCCUAAAUUAUCGGAAUUCCUCGCAUUCUUAACCGAACGAUGUCACAAUCAAGGUUCUCGAGCAGGGUCGGACGAAGCCUGCGUUCAUCUGGUUUUCAAGUGCGGCAAUUUUCAAGAAUUGUCGAUAACGGAUCGCAAGAAAAAGCUAAAGGAGAAGAAGUUAUGUUUUAACUGUCUCGGCUCAGGUCAUUUUGUUCGAGAAUGUAAGGCCUCGACAUGCAAGAAGUGUAACAAAAAACACAACUCAAUUAUUCACGAAGAUGUUGCAGAGGAGCAAGGAGACGUUCAAGCAAAGCAAGCCUGCGAGAAUUCAACAGCGUCAGUUGUAAUGAAUUGUACGAAAGCAGGACUCAAUUCACAGGUCGAGUUGUCAAAUAAACAACAAUCACCAAUCGCGAAGUGCGAUCUCACAACAAAUGUUUAUUGCGCCAACCAUAACGGGACCAGAGUGGUUCUUUCCACUGCAAAGGUUCGCGUAUCGGGAUCAGACGGUGAAGAGCGGUACUGUCGAGCGCUGCUGGAUCCGGGAUCACAAUCAAAUUUGGUAACAUCCGAUUUGAUGCGAAGACUUAGGUUGUCAUGUCGCAACGAGAUACGUCCGAUUGGUGGAAUCAACAAGACAGUCACAACAGUUAACAAGAUAUCUUAUACAGGGUACCCCACAUACGACAAACCAGGACCUAUAGAUAUGCUUUUCGGCGCAGGAGUAUAUUGGAAAAUUAUUAUUGGCGCACUGGAAAAUCACAUCAAAGGAAGACCUGCUCUACAGAAUACGCAUCUGGGAGUGAUCAUCGGUGGAGAAUUGGAAGAGGAGCUUAUCAACACGUUGGAUUGUUGCAAUGUGGUCACUAAUUCACAGCUACAGAGUCAGCUGCAGAGGUUUUGGAUCCAAGAAGAGGUUCCGGAGGUUUGUCCAUACUCGCCAGAGGAAAUGCAUUGUGAGAAUUUAUUCUCUAACACUACUACACGACAAGAUGAUGGCAGAUUCAUCGUUCGGUUGCCAAUUCGUUCGCAUGUGAAUUUGGGAGAUUCUAUGCCACAGGCUAUUAGAAGACUCAGUUUCUUGGAGCGAUGCUUAUCUAAGGAUCCAGAGUUGAAGAAAUCUUAUAACGAGUUCUUAAGGGAAUACCUACAACAGGGUCACAUGUCAGCAGUCGAAAAUCAGAGUGAGGUACUUGCGCAGGAGCAUUAUGUUAUUCCACAUCAACCAGUUUUCCAACCCGAAAGCACGACAACAAAGUUACGAGUCGUUUUCGACGCUUCUUCAAAGACUACAAGCGGCGCAUCACUGAAUGACACGCUGAUGCCUGGACCGAAUUUACAAGCCGAUCUACAGAGAAUAUUGAUUCGAUUCAGAACGCAUGAAUUUGCUCUGACGGCGGAUAUAACAUCAAUGUUUAGGCAAAUUUUAGUAGAUCAUCGGGAUCGAAACUUGCAAUUGAUUCUGUGGCGUGAUGAAAAAACGCAAUAUCAACAAUUAUAUAAAUUGAAUACUGUUACUUAUGGAACGGCAAGUGCCCCUUUCUUGUCAAUGCGAUGCCUCAAGGAGUUGGCAAAUAUCUACAAACGAGAAUUUCCAUUGGCAGCUAAAGCGAUAAAGGAGGACUUCUACAUGGACGAUGUUCUGUCUGGAGGACCUACACUGAAAAGUGCAAUAACAUUGCAAACUCAGUUGACGAAAAUGUUGGCACGUGGACAUUUUCCUUUGCGAAAAUGGAGAGCAAACCAUCAAGACGUACUAAAACAUUUGUCAGAACACAGCAGAGCAGACAAUUUGCUCGUGGUAGACAAGGAUCAGCCACUUAAGACGUUGGGACUUCUAUGGAAUGCGACCACGGAUACUUUCCAAUACCAGGUGUUUGAUCCCCUUGGAUUAGUAGCGCCAGUACUCAUCGUUGGAAAGAUCAUCAUGCAGAAGAUAUGGCAGCAGCAAGUGGAAUGGGAUCAAGAGCUACCGAAGAACUUAAGAAUAGCUUGGGAAGAUUAUAACACAUCGCUUGCUAGAUUGAAUGACAUAAGAGUACAUAGGAAUGUCAAUAUUCGAAACCAAGUGUCGACCUUCGAUCUUUAUGGAGCGAAGGUGGCACCGCUGAAGACUAUAUCUUUACCGAGGCUUGAGUUAGAAGCCGUCCUCUUGCUAGCGCAACUGUACAACAUUGUCAAAAGGUCCUAUAGAGACAAAAUAAACAAGGUCAGACUGUGGAGUGACAGUAUGAUAACGCUCAGCUGGAUAAAGACACCACCGCAUCUACUCAAGACAUUUGUAGCCACUCGGGCAUCAAAAAUUCAGGGUCUUACAGAGGAAGCCACGUUCUUAGAAAGCUGUAGAUCGGGCAGGAAAGCAACGCCACUUACCGCGGCCAAGCUGGAACGAGCGGAAAGAAUCAUUCUACGAUGGGUUCAACAAGAAGCUUUUCCCGUGGAGAUUCGAUAUCUACAAGAAGGCAGACCAUUCCCACGAAAAAGUCAGUUACGCGCACUGUCUGCAUACAUCGAUGAAGAAGGUUUGAUCAGUGUAGGAGGUAGGCUGCAACACGCGGAGAUCAAAUCGGAACAGAAAAAUCCCAUCGUCUUGCCUACAAAACACCAUGUCACCAGUAUUAUUCUACGCGACCGGCACGAACGAUUGCUUCACUGUCCACCGGAACAAUUGUUGCACGAUGUACGCCAGCGAUUUUGGCCAAUCAGCGGGAGACGAGAAGUACGUAAGAUCAUCAAGAAAUAUGUUAAAUGUUAUCGUAUCAAUCCAACUACAAUGGAGAUCAAGAUGGGUGAGCUUCCUGCCGAGAGAAUUCGGAGUGUGGACCGACCAUUUACCAUCACAGGUAUAGACUACGCGAGUCCAAUUCAAAUUCGAGAAAGCAAACGCAGAGGAAGAAUCCAUGUCAGCAAAGGAUACGUUGCCGUGUUUGUUUGUACAAGUACAAAAGUAGUGCACCUAGAAAUGGUAACGGAUCUAUCAACCGACGCAUUCAUCGCUACUUUACGAAGGUUUAUCGCUCGCAAAGGACUGUUCUCUCAAAUAUUAUCGGAUAAUGGCACCAACUUUGUGGGAGCAGCUAAGCAUCUUAAAGAAUUGUACGAGUUCUUAAUUAAGGAACAAAAAUCAAUCGAAUCAGAAUUGGCGGAACAUAGAAUAAAGUGGCGCUUCAUCCCACCUCGCGCUCCUCACUUUGGAGGAUUAUGGGAGGCAGCGGUGAAGAGUACCAAGAGACAUUUACACACUAUACAGAAUGACGCGUUCUGA